AUAAUGAAAUUUACAUAUUUUCAUUAGGAGUUAAAAUGAACGCUGAUUCCGCCCACAUUGAUCCUUUUCUCUAUGACUGGGUGGAGCAUCUUCAUGAAAUUAUGAAAGAGCGGGAGCAAGAGAUAAUUAAUGAAGGACAGUUAAUCAUGCCAUAUGAUGCAAUUACAGUAUCCGUUGUCAUAGCUGCCACCCACAUAAUGGAUACUGUAGGACUGGAUCGUCACAUAAAGUAUAUGGCCCUUGAGUUGUUUGACAAAUUUAUGAACAAAUCCUAUCAGGAGGCUUACAAUAUGAGAAAAAAUGAGUCUGAUGAAUGGUUACAAACCGUUAGAAGAAAAACCUCUAUUCAUACACCAUUCUAUCUUUUAUCGUGCUUUCAAGUGGCAUGCAAAGUAAACUCUCACCCCAAUAGUUUAAAAAUAUCAGAGAUUCUUCAGCUUGCACAACUAUUUGUUAAAGAUUAUGAAUACACACGAGAAAUGGUAACCGUGAUGGAAGUUGAAGUCCUCAAGAAAGUAGGAUUUAGAAUGCCCCUCUAUACACCAGUGUAUUGCAUUGAAGUUCUUAUCGAAGGAUUGAAUUCCUUCAAAAUUACUUUUGUAAGCGAAGAAACAGAAAAUGGAGAAGAACUACAUAAGGCUUCGUUGUUAUUAUUAGACAUAGCUUAUUUGAAGUACGAAGAAUUAAUAAACAUGUAUGAUCAUACCCACUCAAAAUGCGUAUGCAGAAAUGCUCAAAUGAGCAUACAAGAGAAGUUGCAGAAAUUAAAAAUAUUGAAAUCGAAUGCACUUUUACUAAGUGCAGCGAUAGUGUUGUGUGCAGGAUACAUUUUAUAUCCAAAAGUAAGCAGUACUAGAUUGAGAAUUAUUGUGGCAAAGUUAGCAGAAUUGGCAAAUACAAUGGACUCUGAUAUUAUGAUUAUGGCAAAUAUGUUAUACAAAUUAGUGCAAUAUAAAAUAAGUAGCAUAAAUGUAUAUAUAUAAAAAUAUGUAUGUGUACAUAAUAUACAUGUAAAUAUAUAUAACUGUGUAUUAUGUCAAUAUUUUGUAAAUGUAAGUUGAUAAUACAUAAUAAAUUGUGCAAUUUAGAAAAUAUAUAUUCUAACUCUUUCAUUAACUCAAAAACUCUCUUUAUACACGCACAACUCCAAGAUAUGUAUAAGCCAACUGCACACACAAGGGAAACCUUCAAUUAUUAACUGUAGAAACGUCGAUGAGAAAUUCGCACAUUUACAAAAGAUACUAAAACGCUCGUCCUAUCUCGCACAGAAGAUAUCUAUCUCACCUU